AUCCCUCUGCCAUUUUCAAACAUUCCGCAUGGUGACAAGCUCUACUAGAACGAAAAUAUAGCUUUUCCUGAACGAGGUAUAAUUCAGACAACAUAAUAAAAUGUCUGUUCCACCUGAAAAAAUCGCAGAAUUAAAGCAAAUUAUCCAUGGACAAUUGUCUCAGAUUGGCAUGCAGAGUCGUAUUCGUGAUGUUAUGAGUGAGGUUAUCACAGAAGAUUACAGUAAUGGACAGGUGUCUGAACAAGAAAUUAUGCAGAAGUUAAAAGAACGAGGUUUGGUGGAUGAUUUAAUGCAGAAUUUACAGUUUCAAAGUCAAGGAGAUGGACAAAGUCUGAGACGUCCAGCAACACAUUUCCUUGACCAAGAUGACAAGGUCACCAAUCUUCCAGUCAAAAGAGCCAACAUUGAUCCUACACGAAGAUACUUAUACUUCAAUAUAAAGAAUGGUAAAGCAUUCCUGGAACACAUUGAGAACUCUGACCCGAUGCCAGGGCAAGUCAGUUCAUAUUUCACCUUCCACAUACAUUUCCGUGGACAAAGGUUCAAAUCUCGACCAGUUCCAUGUGCCUGUGAACCAGAUGUUGAUGAAGGGUUUCUGUUAGAAGUUCAUAAAGAGUCGUCAGGUGAAGCUGCUAAAAUGGUUGAUGAAUCUGGGAUGUUAUCCAUCUGUGACAAGCUACAUAUAGCCUUGAUAAAAACAGAUGUAACAGGGGAGACAACUCUGGUGUCAUCACAUUUCCUAGAAUGGAGACCUGUUUUAACUGCCAAAACUGGGAGAUUUCAGACAUCCAUAGAACUGAAAGGAACAGGCGAUGAGAGUAAGAUUCCAGCUGGUGUAAUAGAAAUCCAGUUAGAGUUGUUUCCUAAACCAGUAAAGAUCAUUGGCCAGGAAGUACUGACUACACAGCUCAAUAUGGAACGUAACCGACAGUCAGAGAAAGAGAGACUGUUCCUUGUCUAUGCUAAACAAUGGUGGAAGGAAUAUUUACAGAUAAGACCAGCAAAUCAGGAACGUCUAGUCAAAAUAUUUGCUCAGGAUGAGAAUUCAGUGACCCGUCCAGUUUGUUCUUUUGUUAAACCAUUACGUGCUGGAAGGUUGUUAGAUUCUGCUCGACAUGCUGCCAGAUUUGUCAGUCUAAUGCAUCAUAAAAAAAUGGAGUCAGUGGGAGGAGGUAAUAAACUAGAACAAUGGACAACACUACAUGGAUUUUUAUGUCGCAAUAGAGGGGACUGUGAAGACCAUGCUAUAUUACUAUGCAGUUUACUAUUAGGGUUUGGUCUAGAUGCUUACGUCUGUAUUGGGACUAAAUCUAAAGGAUCGGUCCAUGCGUGGGUGAUGACCAUUACUGUAGAUGGUUUAGUUACUUUCUGGGAAAGUCUUAAUGGUCACAGAUAUAUCCAUGAACCCAUAGAUCCAGACAUGCCACCAAUGGACAAAAUUCACCGACCAAAAUAUCCUUAUAAAACCAUCGGCUGUGUAUUUAAUCAUCAGUCAUUUUAUGGCAAUAAUCAACCUUCAGAACAUGUAGAUGUCAGCCAUUUUGAACUUGGAAAUGAAUCUCGAUGGAAACCAAUGUCCCAGGAUGCUGUUCUGUCUGUGUGUGGUCUUGGAGCAAGCCCAUCAUGGCCAACUCUACCUCCACUCUGUUCCUCCACAUUAGAUCCUACAUUAGUCAGCAAUGAUUUAGAACAACAGUUGAGAGUUCUACUGUUUGAACACAGAAGGGAUCUAGGAUUGACAACAGUUUGGGAUGACCAAUUAAGUUAUCUACUUACACCAGCCCUAGCUGCUUAUGAAUUAGAGAGAGUAACAGGGAUAACUGCUGGAAAUGAAGAGUUCCAGGAUUCUAUGAAGCAGUGUGUGCCUGAUGGCCACACAUUUAAGGGAUAUCCUAUACAGUUUUCCCAUCGAAAUGCUAGACGAGCUUUUGCUACCUGCCUUAGAUCACCUGUUUGUGAAGAAAUUGUAAACUGUCGAGGAGAUCACGUCAGACUUGCUGUUCGUGUCAAAAUUUACCCAUAUCCAGAAUCAGCAUGUGCGACUUGGAUUAUGUUUGCUUGCAAAUAUAAGUCUGUACUGUGAGGGUUUGACUUUACUCAGUAAAAGGUUGUUUGAACUUGUGAGGUUAUGCCAGUAUAUUGAAAAAGAGUAUCUGAAAUCCUUGCCAGAAGAUGUGGAGUGAGAAAGCUCAGAAUGACAGCAUUUCAGACAAGAGUUAAUAUUGUCUUAAUUUGACAAGAAUGUUGAUGUACUUUAAAAGUACCUCUGAUAUUAUACCACUGAUAUUUUUAACAUAUACUGUGCUGUUUGUUUACAAAGUAUAUGCAAAAACUAAAUUUUCUAAAGGAAAGAAAAUAUUUUCUAAGAGAAAUCAAUCAUACAGUUUAAUCAUGUUUUCUAUAUAUUUAUAGAUCACAAAACUGUUUGUUAGGUCCUGUCUGAUGUGUUUCAAUUUCUGCUUUUAGUAGAAAUUAUCAUUGAAAUUAGUAUGCAUGAAAUGACAAACAGACUGGUUUUCUGAACACUAUAUUUUCUAACAACAGCUUUCAUUAGUGGGUUUUAAAAAAAAAAUUAAAUGUACUUUCCAUAAAACUAUUUCUUUUAUUUUAUCGUUUUACAAACAGAUAUAUUUACAGGCCUAGGAUUUCAUUAGUGGAUUCAGAUUAUACUUUAUGAACAUUUGUAUACUUUACUUCUUCAGAAUUUUUCAUGCUUGUGAAUAUAGAAAUGAUGUGUAGCUGUUUAUAUUAGCAUUAGCUAUGUUUAAAAGGUAUAGAUAUAUACUUUCUUGAGAUAAAAAAGAAUAUUUUGGAGAAACAGCCACAAUUUUAAACUGGUACAAUACAUAGAAUACACAUUCCACAGUUUCAAACUAUUAUAGUAGGGCAGCAUCUUUUUGAGAAUGAUUAUUUUGUAUACGUCCAAAUGGUAUCAUAAUGGUGAAGUUAAUAUAAAAAUUAUGAUACCAAAAAUACUGACUGCUCAAACAUAAUAACACCAAAGAGGAACAAUAUUGUUGAUGUAUAUUAAAGAAUUAUAUUGUUGUAAGGUGCUUUGAUAAUAAUUGUGAUUAUUUUCUAUAUUUUUGUUUGUAUAUAUGAAAUGUUUAGUGCUUGUUUUAUUUUUACAAAAGACUGCAUAACAAAUAUAAACUGUGAUGUAGUUAAUCAUUAGAUAAUAGAGUUAAUUUUUAUGCCCCACCUACGAUAGUAGAGGGGCAUUAUGAUUUUUCCGUCUGUGAGUCUGUUCGUUCAUUCGUUCUUUCGUCCGUUUGUCCCGCUUCAGGUUAAAGUUUUUGGUCAAGGUAGUUUUUGAUGAAGUUGAAGUCCAAUCAACUUGAAACUUAGUACACAUGUUCCCUAUGAUAUGAUCUUUAUAAUUUUAAUGCCAAAUUAGAGUUUAGACCCCAAUUUCAUGGUCCACUGAACAUAGAAAAUGAUAGUGCGAGUGGGGCAUCAUUUUUGAUAAUUUCAAAUGUGAGAAUGGAAAUGUUAAAUUUGAACAGUGAUUAGUUAAAUUUACGAUUGAUUGUCUAACUAUGGUGUAAAACAAACUGUUACGCAAUUCUGUUUGCAUAUAUGUUAAAAUUUAUGUGCAAGUGCCAUAUUUUGUAACGAGAAGACUUAGAACAUAUUCAUGCUAACUAAGUAAAUUUAGAAAACAUAAUAUAAUAUACUGUUUUUACAAAUAGUAAAAACCUUUUUCCAUUAUCAGACCUGAUUUCUUUCUGCAUUUCCAAUCAAGAUUUUACCAUUAUUGUUUCUGUAUUUUAUAGUAUUUUUGACUUCCAUCCCAGCCAUUUACUUUCUUUUUUAACCAGUUGGUCAAAUCAGGCAAGAACUACAUUAUGACUGAAAGAUGUAAAAACAAAUUUUUAUAAGUAUAAUUUGAGACUUAGAUGAGUUCAAUCUAUGUUUUUUUGUUGGGUUUCUGUCUCAUUGAUGUUUAACAAGAAUCUCCUUUUGUUCAUUAAUGCAACGACACUACAUUUGUGAUAGACUUAGCAGGUACAGUGACUAAAACAUGACCAAAUUAUAAAGUUUUAUAUUUCCAUCCAAAUUUUUGCAAAGAAAUAUGAGUGCUUUUCAUUUUACUUUAUAAUGUUAUAGUUAAUAGUCUUAUUUCUUCUUAAUAAAAUGGCUGUCAAAUUAAUGUUCAUAGUAUAGAGACCAAUAUAUUUUUUAGAUUUUUUCUGCCUAUUUUCUUGUGAUGUACAUGUAUUUUAUGUUUUACACUGCAGCAGCAUUUAUGUAAUAAAUCAUUUAUCAACUGA